UCAUUCCACAGGUCACUGACUGAGAGUAUCAGCUCAGCCUCAGUGAGUGAGCAGAGUGAGUGAGGAGGAAGGAUUCUGCAAAUGGAGUGAGACUGAAGCAUAGAUCACCAGUCAGGAUGGAGUGACUCAGUUUGAAUACCUGGUAACGCACGCGAGUGGCUGCCGUCCACACAACCUGCCUCCGUUACUAACACCUGUCGCUACAGAACACUGAAAGGAAGACAUGGGGGAUGUACGGCUCGUCACCAGCCCAGGUAUUCCCAGGAGCUGUGUCAGCAGGGAGUGCUCCUUACCAGCAGCAGCACCAGCCUUCGCCUUGACACCCAGGAACAGCCGGGUCUGUGUGGGCAGCACAGCCAGAAUAGAUGGAAAGGUUAAGGGCUCUCCUGACCCUCAGAUAACGUGGUACCGACACAGCCAGCCUGUGGUAGAAUGUGAUCGCCGCGUCGUGGAGAGGAAUGCCAGGGGAACUUUCUGCCUCAUCAUAAAGAACGUGACUGAAGAGGACGGUGGGAAAUAUACCUGUGAGGCCGUUAAUGACGCAGGUGUUCGCCAGGUGACCGUAGAGCUGACCGUGGAAGGUGACGGUUCCAAGAUGUACAGUUUGCCGUCUAGUGCCAAGUCUCAGGGUCCAUUCUCCAUCCCUGCUGUGGAAAACCGUCCUAGCGUCUGGGGAGAAUGUCCCCCCAAGUUUGUCACAAAGCCGAACCGCAGUGUGGUGAGAGACGGACAGACCGGGAGGUUCUGCUGUAAGAUCACCGGGAGGCCACAGCCAGCGGUAACCUGGCUCAAGGAGGACGUUGCGCUGCAGCCUAGUGAUCGGUACGUUAUGUACGAGAAGUCGGGGGUGCAUUUCUUGGAAAUACAUGGAGUGGGGAAGGACGAUGCCGGACUUUACACCUGCUCCGUGGUCAAUAACUCCGGGAGAACCUCUGUGUCGGCAGAACUGCUCGUUCCGGGUGCCGAGAAGGACAGACUUUCAGCUCUUUUAGGAGGUAUUACUCAAACCGCUAAGAACACGGAAACAAAACAAAUGAGCACAAAUGGCAUUCUUAAAAGCCAGCAAAGUGUUGGAUCAGACAGAACACCUGGAUUACAACAACAGGACAUUGUAUUAAGUUGUUCUACCGGUUAUCAGAAACAACCCAUUGACUCGUUUCCCAAAGAGACUUUGUCUCCUAAACCAUUUCUACGCAGCUCAGUGACCAGCCCAGCUCGUGUGUCUCACAGCGAGACCUCUUCCCCAUCUUACACCGUGAGUGUUAUGUCUAAAGGUUCCUUAAAGAACAGCCUAACUAAAACAGACCAAGAGUCCAAGUCCUCCAAAGAAAGUCUACCAGUAACUUCACGUUACACCUCUGUCCUACAGUCAAAAUCCAUUCUGCCUAACUCAGAAGAGCCAAUCACAUUAGCUUCCAAAGAGACUGCUCCUAAUUCACACUACAGAAGUAACUUAGAUUCCAAAACAAAGAUUUCAAGCUCUGAAAAAGGGAGAUCUAGGGACUCGUCCAAAGACAUCUUGGCAGCAGUGUCCCACCUGUCCACUAACACUGAUUCAAAAUUAAAAACUUCAUCAUUUUCCAGAGAGACACCAAAUCUUUCCAUUAAAAGUAAUGAGAUUUCCUCUGCUUCACGGUACAAAACAGACAUAGAAUCAAAAAUAAGAAAGUUUGAUGCAUCGAGAGAAACUCCAGCUGUCAUUAAAAAAGGGAACUCUUCAAUUUACCUUCCAAACUUGGAUUCCAAAAACAGAAGCAUUUCUGCAAAAGACUCUGUAAACAUUGUCCAAAAAGAGUCCUCCCUCUGUACACCUGGAGAACGACUAAACAGGACUGUGGUAGAACAGUCAGAGGUAUCAACUGGUAUUACCAGGUCAAACUCCAAGAAAUCCUCCUCAAUACUUGCCAACAAGAUGUCUCAAACAAAUGAGACACCCCUUGUGUUCCCCUCACCGGUGGAACCACACAUAAAAAUACCUGAUGUUGUUAAAAAAAGUACUUUAACAAACGCACUGUUUUUCACCCCUAAAAUUGAAAUAUCUAAAGAGACUUCUUCCAGGGGAAGCACCUGCAUUUCUUCAAAGGCAUCUUCAGAUGAGACCUAUGUUGAAAGCUCCCCUCAUAAGUCAAACAAAGCACCAGAUCUUAAUUCAGAAGAGAAAAAAGAAGCUCUGACACAUGGAAUCCUUCACCAAAAAACAGAAAGUGCACAUAGUGCCGUGAGCACUCCAGGGAACGUGGAUGGUGGCGGUAAAAUAAAAUUUCAACAGAAGACAUCCAGUACGAUCACACUAAAGUCUGUGAAGAUCAAAAACCAGCAAGACUCGGAAUACAACCGUGAUGUCAGGAGACAGGUGGACUCAAAACCAGAGACCAUACCCACAGUCCACAGGGAUUCUCCGGUCUCCAUGGUAAAAGAACAACUUAAUGGUAACCGGCACCAGAUAAACAGGACUGAAAAAUCAGGAACUGUACCCAGCUUUGAAUUAAGUCCAUUAAAUCAGGAGGUUUCCGAAGGAUGUGAAGUUAUCUUCAGGUGUAAAGUUUCAGGAGAUCCCAAGCCAUGUGUUGAGUGGUUUAAGAACGGAUCCCCAGUGGUGGAGAAGGAAGGGGUGCAGAUUAAAGAGACAGGGUUCAAUCAUUCCCUGCACCUGCUGCCAGUUCUUACAGAAGACCGUGGAACUUACAGCUGUAAUAUCGCCAACACAAGCGGUCACGCCAGCAGUAGCUGGACACUUAAUGUGAUACCGUUACGGGCACCAGAGCAGGCCCCGCACUUCACUCGUGUCUUGCAGAGCUGCUGUGUGAUGGAAGGACAGGACUUUGAGUUGGAGUGUGAGCUGCGUGGCGACCCAGCGCCAGAAAUCACAUGGCUUUUAAAUGACCAGCCUAUUCAAUAUGCCCAUUCAACAUAUGAAAAGGGGACGGCAAAGCUGAGAGUGCAGGAUGCUCUCCCGGAGGACGAAGGAGUUUAUACGUGUCUGGCGCAAAAUAUCUGUGGAAACUCUUCAUGCAGCACAGCCGUUACUGUAACAGAACGGAGGUCCCUGAGUAAGAUGGAAAGUGCCCGAUCUGCUGUGGUCAGGGACAGCUUUGCCCCGGUGUUUGUGAAGGGUUUGGCCGAUCUCCAGGUCAUGGAUGGAAGUCCAGUUGUGAUGACAGUGGAAGUUUCAGCCAGUCCUCCUGCUGAAGUUAUUUGGUUCCACAAUAGAAAAGAGAUUGAGGAAACAGAAGAUUUCCAUUUUGAACAGACCGGUAACAAGUUCAGCCUCUAUAUUCAGGAAGUGUUUCCCGAAGACAACGGAACGUACACGUGUGAAGCUUGGAAUACUUUGGGACAAGCAAGAACAGAAGCCACCCUGACCGUGCAAGAACCCCAGGAGGGGAUCCAACCUUGGUUCAUCAGCAGACCGAAACCCAUGACGUUGACGAAGGGUCAGAAUGGACUGAUUUCCUGCGCGAUAGCUGGAGAUCCUUUCCCAGAAGUACAAUGGCUGAAGGAUGGGCAGGAGCUGAGCAGUCCGGAGAUUCUUCAAAAUGAAGAUGUCUACACGCUGAUCCUGCGAAACAUCAAGGACUCUGACGCUGGACUUUAUGAAAUUCAACUAAAGAACGCGGUGGGUGUGUGCAGCUGCCAGGUGUCUCUGAUGCUGGAGGACAAUUCGCCGAGCAGAAUGGCCAGAGAGCAGAGAGAGCAAUCGGGCUUUGUGGAGAGGGAUGGAUGGGGACAGGAGGAGACACUGAGGCUUGACAGGGUCAUCGGGAGACCUGAAGAAGAUCAGGACAACAUCCGCGGUGUCUUCAAGAGAAGAGUUUCGGUCAAAGAGCACACAGAAGAAGAACUGAGACAGCAAGAAGUAGAGCAGCUUGAUUUCCGCAAGAUUUUGGGGAAAAAAGUUCGGACAAGGAGUAUUUCAGAAGAAGACCUUAAGGAAAUCCCAGCAGAGCAAAUGGACUUCAGGGCCAAUCUGCAGAGACAGGUCAAGCCCAAGGCCUUGUCGGCAGAUGACAAGAAAGCAAGUAGCCCGCAGCAGGUGGACUUCCGCUCAGUGCUGGGGAAAAAGCCAAAUACUCCCAAGACCCCUAUACCGGAGAAAGUGGUGGCAAAAACAGCAACACCGGAUUUCAGGUCUGUUUUAGGAAGUAAGAAGAAAAUUCCCACCGAGAAUGGAAAUGGUACCGAGCCUCAUGAAAAUGCAAAACCUGUGAUCAAGGAGGAAAAAGCUGCAUUCAGUGCAAAACCUGGGCUCAAGGAGGAAAAACCUGCAGUCAAUGCAAAACCUGUGGUCAAGGAGGAAAAAGUUACAGUCAAUGCAAAACCUGGGCUCAAGGAGGAAAAACCUGCAGUCAAUGCAAAACCUGGGCUCAAGGAGGAAAAAGCUGCAUUCAGUGCAAAACCUACAAUCAAGGAGGAAAAACCUGUAGUCACUGCAAAACCUGUGGUCAAGGAGGAAAAAGUUACAGCCAAUGCAAAACCUGUGGUCAAGGAGGAAAAAGUUACAGCCAAUGCAAAACCUGUGGUCAAGGAGGAAAAAGUUACAGUCAAUGCAAAACCUGGGCUCAAGGAGGAAAAACCUGCAGUCAAUGCAAAACCUGUGGUCAAGGAGGAAAAAGCUGCAGUUAAUGCAAAACCUGGGCUCAAUGAGGAAAUUGUGGCAGUGAAUGCAAAACCUGUGGUCAAGGAGGAAAAAGCGUCAGUCAAUGCAAAACCUGUGGUCAAGGAGGAAAAGGUUGAGGUCAACGCAAAACCUAUGGUCAAGGAGGAAAAGGUUGAGGUGAAUGCAAAACCUGUGGUCAAGGAGGAGAUAAUUGAUUUGAACUGUUGUACAGUGGUGGAUGGAGAGGUGGAGAAGAAAGCAGGGACACUGCCGGUGUUUUCGGAGACAUUACAGGACCUGCGGUUGGUGGAUGGAGAGAAACUCCUGUUGCAAUGUCAUGUUACUGGCGAUCCUCCACCUACCAUCACCUGGACGCUGGAUGGAAAAGUCAUAAAGUCUUCGAAGUUCAUCGUCCUCUUCCAAGAAGGGUCCCUUUGUUCGCUGAAUAUUGAAAAGACGUUCCCCGAGGAUGAGGGGCGCUAUCACUGCAUAGCUGAGAACGCUGCCGGGAAGGUGGAGUGCGCCUGUAACGUGACAGUAGAAGACACGUCCGGCAAUAAAGGUAUUAAAAAAAGCAAGAAGCCGCGAACGAGUAUUGCAUCCGCCAACGCCAUUGACACAUCUCCACCUCAGAUCCUUCAGUUUCCCGAGGACCGGAAGGUGCGAGCCGGGGAAUCGAUGGAACUCCUGUGUAAGGUGGCAGGAACACAGCCCAUUAAGUGCAUGUGGAUGAAGUUUAAGAGAGAGAUUAAAGAAAGCGAGUUUAUUAAAGUGGAGAGUACGGAGGACACCAGUAAGCUGACCAUCUCCUCGGCCCGGCAGGAGCACUGCGGUUGCUACACACUGGUGGUGGAGAACAAGCAUGGAAGCAAGCAAGCACAGGUCAACUUAACUGUGUUCGAUAAACCGGACCCCCCGGCAGGCCAGCCUUGUGCCUCUGAAAUGAAAGGUUCUUCUCUGACGCUAUCUUGGUAUGGACCCACAUAUGACGGAGGGAGUGUUGUGGAGUCCUACUUAGUGGAAAUUUGGGACUCUGUAGACAAGGUGUGGUCUGAUCUAACCUCCUGCAGAAGCACAUCCUUCAAUGUGGAAAACCUGCUACAUGACAGAGAGUAUAAAUUCCGCAUCCGAGCCACCAAUGUAUAUGGCACCAGUGAACCUAGCCAGGAGACCGAACCAGUGGCCUACAAAGAGAAGGUAGAAGAAGAGCCUAAAGAUGAAGUGGAAAUCUCAGACGAUGAAGAAAAAGAAUCUCAGGAAUACAAAGAUGUCGUCAUUAACACCACUCAAAAGGUCUCUGAUUUCUACGAUGUGGAGGAACGGCUGGGAACGGGGAAAUUUGGACAAGUGUUUCGACUUGUUGAUAAGAAAACUAAAAAGGUUUGGGCUGGAAAAUUCUUCAAAGCGUAUUCAGCCAAAGACAAGGAAAGCAUCAGACAGGAAAUCAGCAUUAUGAACUGCCUCCAUCACUCCAAACUGGUCCAAUGUAUCGACGCGUUUGAAUCAAAGAGCGAUAUGGUCAUGGUUCUGGAACUGGUCUCGGGAGGGGAGUUGUUUGAACGGAUCAUUGAUGAAGAUUUUGAGCUGACGGAACGGGAGGUGAUCAAGUACAUGAAGCAGAUUGCAGAAGGCGUGGAGUUUAUCCACAAACAGGGCAUUGUACACCUGGAUCUAAAGCCAGAGAACAUCAUGUGUGUCAACAAAACUGGCACCAAGAUCAAGCUCAUCGACUUUGGCUUGGCUCGGAGAUUAGAGAGCACUCCAAAUCUAAAGGUCCUGUUUGGAACCCCAGAAUUUGUGGCCCCUGAAGUGAUAAACUAUGAACCCAUUGGCUAUGCCACAGACAUGUGGAGCAUUGGUGUGAUCUGCUAUAUUCUGGUGAGUGGACUUUCCCCUUUCAUGGGGGACAAUGACAAUGAGACUCUCGCCAAUGUGACGUCAGCAACCUGGGACUUUGACGAUGAAGCAUUUGAUGAAAUAUCCGAGGAGGCGAAGACCUUUAUCAGCUGUUUGUUAAAGAAAGAUAUGAAGAGUCGGUUGAAUUGCACCGAGUGUCUUCAGCAUAACUGGCUGCAGCAGGACACAAGCACUAUGGAAGCCAAAAAGCUGUCUAAGGAGAGGAUGAAGAAGUAUAUGGCACGGCGGAAGUGGCAGAAAACGGGCCACGCAGUGAGAGCUAUUGGCCGUCUCUCCUCCAUGGCCAUGAUCUCUGGUUUAAGUGGACGGAAGUCUUCGGGUAGUUCCCCAACCAGCCCGCUGUCUACAGAACCCGAGACAAAUGAAGAUGAUAACCAGGCCUUCCUGGAAGCUGUGAGCGAGGAGAGGCCACCACUCGCCCCAGUUUUUACCCAGACCAUUCAAGAUAUUGAGGUAGUAGAAGGGAGCGCAGCACGAUUCGAAUGCAGGAUUGAAGGUCACCCUGACCCGGAGGUGAUUUGGUACAAGGAUGAGCAGCCAAUCAAAGAAUCUCGUCACUUCCAGAUAGAAUAUGACGAGGAUGGUAACUGCUCUCUCAUUAUAUCAGAAGUAUGUGGGGAUGAUGAUGCCAAAUAUAUCUGCAAAGCCAUCAACAGCCAGGGAGAGGCAUCCUGCACCGCAGAGCUAAUUGUGGAAGUCAUGGCAGCGGAGGGAGAAGAGGAGGAGGAGGAGGAGGAGGAAGAGGAAGAAGAAGAGGAGGAGGAGGAGGAGGAGGAGGAGGAAGAAGAGGAGUGAAUAAGGAUCUCAUGUUGGACAUGUUUCUGGUCGUAUCACAAAAAGGGGGUUCCCCAAACAGGAAGACCCAAAUGCAGAGACCUUGGGGUGAUCCAGUAAAAUAUAUUCACAGUUUGAGAUUGACUGUCCCAGCUCUUUGCAGUAUUCAUAUUUUGAGCCCAACCCCUGGCAGAUUCCACAGAACCCUGUUCCAGCAUCAGAGCAGCCGGAUGGGAGCCACUCUGUCUGGGGGACAAUAGGGGGUUAAAGGGAUGUGUGUUACUAUUAAUUAUGUAAUUCAUGUCGGAGUUACCCCAAAUUGUACAGCUGCACAAAGCACACCAGAGUAUCACUAAGCAUUUAGUACCUACAUAGUGCCUUUCAUGCAUGUUUGAGAAACACGACUAUUGUUACCGUGUCAUGUCUUUAAGUGGGAACACAGUGGUCCUUAACGUGGCACAUCUAUGAGGGAGAACAUGACUAUCUUUAAUGUGGCACAUCUAUAAGGGAGAACAUGACUAUCUUUAACGUGGCACAUCUAUAAGGGAGAUCAUGACCAUCUUUAACGUGGCACAUCUAUAAGGGAGAACAUGACUAUCUUUAAUGUGGCACAUCUAUAAGGGAGAUCAUGACCAUCUUUAACGUGGCACAUCUAUAAGGGAGAACAUGACUAUCUUUAACGUGGCACAUCUAUAAGGGAGAACAUGACUAUCUUUAACGUGGCACAUCUAUAAGGGAGAACAUGACUAUACUUAACGUGGCACAUAUGCAAUGGGGGACAGGAAUAAUGCUAACGUGGCAGAUAUACAAGGGGGAACAGGAAUAACCCUAACAUGGCAUGUCUAUAAUAUGAAAUCUUUUUGAAGAGAUUAUGUGGCUCUCCCAGGUGAGUUUGGAAAAUGCAAAUACAAUUUGACUUUUUUGUUUGACAUAUUUUGGUGCAGAUUGAGGUGAAGCAUGAAGUAUGUUUGUUUAUGCAUUACAAUUUUCUGCAAUCCCCAAAAAUAGCCUUUCUAAGGCUAUUUGGCCUCAAUGUCACAUUAAUAAUCUUGUUCUAAAUAAUUGCCUUAAUCCUUGAUGUGAGAAACUGCAUUACAGGAUCAAUCUGUAAUGUGAGUAACUGCAUUAUGGAAACAUUAUAUAAUGUGAGAAACUGCAUUAUAGAAACAUUCUAUAAUGUGAGAAACUGCAUUACAGGAUCAAUCUGUAAUGCGAGAAACUGCAUUAUGGAAACAUUCUAUAAUGUGAGAAACUGCAUUACAGGAUCAAUCUGUAAUGUGAGAAACUGCAUUAUGGAAACAUUCUAUAAUGUGAGAAACUGCAUUACAGGAUCAAUCUGUAAUGUGAGAAACUGCAUUAUGGAAACAUUCUAUAAUGUGAGAAACUGCAUUACAGGAUCAUUCUGUAAUGUGAGUAACUGCAUGAUGGAAACAUUCUAUAAUGUGAGAAACUGCAUUAUGGAAACAUUCUAUAAUGUGAGAAACUGCAUUACAGGAUCAAUCUGUAAUGUGAGAAACUGCAUUAUGGAAAUAUUCUAUAAUGUGAGAAACUGCAUUACAGGAUCAAUCUGUAAUGUGAGUAACUGCAUGAUGGAAACAUUCUAUAAUGUGAGAAACUGCAUUAUGGAAACAUUCUAUAAUGUGAGAAACUGCAUUACAGGAUCAAUCUGUAAUGUGAGUAACUGUAACAAGUAACGGGAAAGACUGCAUUAUGGGAUAAUUCUGUAAUGUGUAAGACUGCAUUAUGGGAUCAUUCUGUAAUGUGAGAGACUGCAUUAUGGGCUCAUUCUGUAAUGUGAGAGACUGCAUUAUGGGCUCAUUCUGAAAUGUGAGAGACUGCAUCAUGCGAUCAUUCUGUAAUGUGUGAGACUGCAUUAUAGGAUCAUUCUGUAAUGUGAGAGACUGUAUUAUAGGAUCAUUCUGUAAUGUGAGAGACUGCAUUAUGGGAUCAUUCUGUAACGUGAGAGACUGCAUUAUGGGAUCAUUCUGUAAUGUGAGAGACUGCAUUAUGGGAUCAUUCUGUAACAUGUGAGAGACUGCAUUAUGGGAUCAUUCUGUAAUGUGAGAGACUGUAUUAUAGGAUCAUUCUGUAAUGUGAGAGACUGCAUUAUGGGAUCAUUCUAUAAUGUGUGAGACUGCAUUAUGGGAUCAUUCUGUAAUGUGAGAGACUGUAUUAUAGGAUCAUUCUGUAAUGUGAGAGACUGCAUUAUGGGAUCAUUCUGUAAUGUGAGAGACUGCAUUAUGGGAUCAUUCUGUAACGUGAGAGACUGCAUUAUGGGAUCAUUCUAUAAUGUGUGAGACUGCAUUAUGGGAUCAUUCUGUAAUGUGAGAGACUGCAUUAUGGGAUCAUUCUGUAAUGCGAGAGACUGUAUUAUAGGAUCAUUCUGUAACGUGAGAGACUGCAUUAUGGGAUCAUUCUGUAACGUGAGAGACUGCAUUAUGGGAUCAUUCUAUAAUGUGUGCGACUGCAUUAUGGGAUCAUUCUGUAAUGUGAGAGACUGUAUUAUAGGAUCAUUCUGUAAUGUGAGAGACUGCAUUAUGGGAUCAUUCUGUAACGUGAGAGACUGCAUUAUGGGAUCAUUCUAUAAUGUGUGAGACUGCAUUAUGGGAUCAUUCUGUAAUGUGAGAGACUGCAUUAUAGGAUCAUUCUGUAAUGUGAGAGACUGCAUUAUGGGAUCAUUCUGUAACGUGAGAGACUGCAUUAUGGGAUCAUUCUGUAAUGUGAGAGACUGCAUUAUGGGAUCAUUCUGUAACGUGAGAGACUGCAUUAUAGAAAAAGUGUGUAGCAUGUAAGGCUGUGUUACGGGAGAAGUAAUGUAAUACAGAAAUGUUACUCUUCGCGUUCUGUAUUAUGCGCAAUUAACUCCCAUUAUGCUUAGCAAGUCUCACAUUAAGCAGAAUGAAUACCACCUUCCCCCACAUUAACUAAUGACAGGAGUGAUCAUAUUAAGCACAGCCAUCCUCCUGUAACAUCAUUAUUUAGCGCCACAGUCUCUUUGAUUUGGUUGUGCUCUGUGUUACCCUCCAACUCAUGCUGUGCUUCAGUUCCUAUCAUCCACAGUCGGCAGCAGUGGGCUGGCUGAUGGUGGCUUGGGUUGCAUUGCAGUAUUAGUAUCACAUAGUAUCACAUAGUCUGUGCUAGAUCUUCUCUCCGUUUAAAGUAGUCAUUGCGUAACUGUUGCAUGAUGACCCUCGCUAAUGAGUAAAUUGCCCUAUAGUCAGUGUACGUUGUGUUGGUCCCAUAAUGGUGAGUGGAGCCUGCCUCCUGCCCAGUGUCACACCCUGUGUGUCUGUGUGUGUAUCCGUACAAUUACAGCACUUUUUAACCUUUGCCAGAGACUUUGACAAGCAAAAAACAGUGCAUACCUUAAGCACUGAUAGGGUCAAUAUUUGGGGUCCAAGGUGGUCGGCUCGCUUUUAAUGGCAAAAAUAACUCCUUUACUUCUAAAGCCACUCAUUAUAUCCGGGUGAUAUUGACACACAAUUGUGUUUUGCUUGUUUUCUUUUUGUUUUGGUUUUGGGUGCUGUGCGGGAUCUUUACCCACAUCCUAUUGUGGAAAAAAGCUUUAUAUUGUUUGGAAAAAUAAACCGGAAUGGAGCCGUGUCUGUUAGAAUGGGACUGAAACCACAAAAUGUGUCUUCUAGAUAGUCCACACACGAUCUGACGAUACGCCACACUGUGCUUUAAGGCUGCAAUACUGACGUGAUCUUUAGCUUGCUUUAUCUUAAUCCAACUCUGAACACUGUGCCAAAUAUUACCCACAUAUACUGGUGUGCCUGUGUUCACCAAAAAGACUGCCCUCCACGUCUUAUGCCAGCCUCCAAGCCGGUCCACAUGAUCUGGUCCUGAAGGUUUUGGUGCCAAUUUUUUUUUAACCCUAUGAGAGUAUUGUAAAGCAUUGAAUGAAAUGGUUAAAUGUAAUUCCUCUUUAACUCCAUCAGUACCAAGGGAUGAGUAUUGCUUCCCCACCAGUGGCACUGACAUUUUUUAAUCCUUGGCCACUGAUUACCAGUACAUAUGGCAGUGAAUGGGUUACCCCUCCUCCCUAGGACCCAUGUAUCCCUCAAAGGUUCACAUGGGGUGCAAUCUGCCUGCCUCACCCAGCAUAAACCCCUAGGAGGUUGCUGCUCCCAACAAGGAAAGGGUUUGUUUGUUUCUUCUGUGUAAAAAGCUUUGGUCACUAGUGUUUAAAUGUGCUUCGUUAAGAGUAAAAUGAACAUUUUACUUGUUUACUUUGUUUUAAUGCAAUUACACGAUUGUUUUGGCAAUUUGUUACAGUACAACGUUACGGUGAUGAGAGCGCUACAGCUGUAGCUCCUCACAUUAUUAAUAAACAGCACUUAGCAUGCUUUCUGUA